AUGCCUAACGCCGGCAUCGACCAGGCCAUUAUCGUCGGCGGGCUGAACCCCGUCGAGGGUAAGGUCUUCCCCGUCCCCACCCACGCCGCCGCCGACGAGAAGGAGAUCAUCGCCGUGGGUGCUGCACGGGCCGACACCGAUGGCACGCUCCCCGACGACAAGAUCGAGCCCGUCCCUUCUGGGGAGGAUGCUGGGGACCAUGACAAGGACGACGAUGGCCGUAGCAGUGACGAGGUCAUCAUUAUCACCGGCGCUGAUGCCGCACGCCACCUACUGCCUAUGCGUGACGAUUUUGACACGGCCUUGACGUUUCGCAGUCUGCUCCUUGCCUCGGGUCUGUCGUGUUUCCAGGCUGUUAUGAGCCAGAUCUACACUUUCAAACCGACGGCGAUUACCAUUUCGGGCACUUUCAUCGUGCUUAUCGCCUACUUUCUCGGCAAGGCAUGGGCUGCCUUCCUCCCUCGUGGGGACAAAUUCGAGGCACGAUGGAGGGCGAAAGGUGGCCAGGGCAACCGCCCCAAAUGGAUCUCUGCUAUCCAUUUCCUCAAUCCCGGGCCCUGGACCCUGAAAGAGCACGCCGUCUGCGCCAUCACGGCGACAUCCGCCUCGAAUGCCGCAGCUAGUGUCCAGGUGUUCGCAGCUCAAGACCUGUUCUACAACCUGCCUUUGAGCGCCACCACCGUCAUCUUGAGUACAAUCUCGAUUGGUCUUUUCGGUUACGGCAUCUGCGGUGUCAUGCGACCAAUCGCCGUGUGGCACGUCGAUGCUGUCUACUGGUCUACUCUGCCCACUGUCAAGACCCUCCAGGGAUUGCAUUGGCAGGAUUUGAAGAAUUCCAAGCCGCUGAGGUACUUCUGGUACAGCUUUGGUGGCAUGUUCGCCUACGAGUGGUUCCCUGCAUACAUGUUCCCGUGGCUGAACAGUGUCUCUAUUCCCGUACGCAGCCCCCACUCCAUUAGCAUACCCAUAACGCUGUCUAUCUGCCUGGCUGCAAUGAAAGCUACUGGCGACAAGGCCGCCGUGCUGACUAACCUCUUCGGUGGGUCUAUCAACAAUGAAGGACUUGGUCUGUUUAGUCUGUCUUUCGAUUGGCAAUAUAUCACUUCCUUCAACACCUCACUUCCUCUGAAGUUGCAGGUGCAUGCCGCCGUAGGAUAUCUCGUCUGCUUCGCCGCGAUGCUUGGCAUCUACUACACCAAUGCGUGGGAGUCAAAAUCGCUUCCAUUCAUGUCGACAACCCUGCGAACAGAUGAUGGUGGAAAGUACCCGAUCGCUGAAGUCUUCACUGGCGGUGUGCUCAACCAGACUGCCCUGGCAGAGAACGGUUUGCCCAGACUAACGGGUACCUUCGCCUACGCUAUGUUUAUGGCUAAUGCCGCUAUUGGCGCUCUCGUUCUGCAUUGCUUCCUUUUCUGGGGUGGAGACAUCCUGAAAGCGUAUAAAAGCGCAAAAGCCGGCCGCUAUGAUGAUCGCCACCACGCCCACAUGGCCAAGCACUACAAGGAAACGCCUUGGUGGUGGUAUGUUAUUGUGCUUGUGGUCAGCUUCGUCAUUGGUCUUGUUGUCGUAAUCAAGGAGAACAUCACUCUUCCGGCAUGGGCGUACAUCGUUUCGCUGCUUCUGGGAAUAUUCAUUGCGCCAUUGAGCACUAUUCUCUACUCUCGGUACGGCAACGGUAUCGCCACGAACAACUUGUCGAAGAUGUUGGCAGGUCUGAUGCUUCCUGGUCGUCCUGUUGGUAAUAUGUACUUUGCGGCUUGGUCACACAACGUUAUUUCCAACGCUGUUACCCUGUGCAAUGACUUGAAGAUGGGUGAAUACCUGAAAAUCCCUCCUCGGGUUAUGUUCCUCACUCAAAUAUACGGCACUAUUUUGGGUGGUUUCAUCAAUUACGCAGUCAUGAUCAGUAUCGUCAACGGAAACCGCGACCUGCUCGUCAACAGCAAUGGCAACUCUUCUUGGAGUGGUGCUACUAUGCAGUCGUACAAUACCAACGCGACCUCGUGGGCGCUUGCCAACUACCUCUACGGAUCUCAUGGUCUCUACUACAUGGUUCCCGUUGGCCUGGCAGUUGGCGGUGGUCUGGUCAUUGUCCACCGAAUUUUCGUAUUCUUCGUACCCAAGAUCAAGGGCUUCUCGACCUCCGAGCUCAACCUGCCGCAGUUCAUCCAGUACGCUGGCUACAUCCCCUACAACGCCAGCCAGACUUGCGUUAUCUUCAGCCAGGUCAUUGCUGGCUUCUUCACCCAGUUCUACCUGCGCAACUACCGCCCGCGCAUCUUCAGGGACUACUCAUACCUCGUCACCGGCGCCUUUGACGGCGCCAGUCUCAGCGUCCUUUUCAUCCUGUCGUUCGCCGUCUUCGGCGCCGGCGGGCCUUCCAUCCCGUUCCCCACGUGGUGGGGCAACAACGCGGAUGGCUACUACGAUCUCUGCCCAUCGUCUGACUAG